AUGACAGCGGGAGGACGAUCUAUGGCCCCAAGCCACGGCGUUAUUCGCCUAAUGGAGCACCAGAGCACAUCAGUUUGUGUCAAGUUUGGGAUCCCAGUUAACCUUGAUUAUAUGAUCCUAAUUGAGGCACAGAGUGAGAAAGGAGAGACGAAUUCUGCAGGUAAGCAAGAGUGUGAGGCAAGAUUAGCUCCACCAACAAUUACCCAGUUCAAGGGGGAAGAGGAACAAGGUAGAGAGAAUACCGCAUUUGAUAGAACAAUACAAAAACUAGACUGGUUUCGUUGGACGCUAUUUUCUAAGCCAUCUCCGAAACAGAAGGACGGUUUGCUGUCAGACUCACUAGACAGGGACGGUUAUUGUGGUCUCAGCCAGACGAUCCGAACUACACUGCAACUGCAAACCGCAUUACCAACGUUGUCAACCCCCUAG